UUUCUCAAAACAAGCUUGUAGGAAGCAUUCCCAUGCAGCUGACGCAGCUCAAUUUCCUUGAAGUUUUCAAUGAAAUGUGGAAAUGUGACAAUUCAAAGGCCUCGCCUCCACCAUCUUCCAACUCUAAAGGAAAUGAAGAUUCUGGAUUACUAGCUGAAUUUGGCUGGAAAGCAGUGGCGUUGGGUUGUGGAUGUGGAUUCCUUGUUAGUUUGGUGAUUGGAAACAUUGUUUUUGCAAGAACAUGUGAAUGGCUGAUGAGGACUUACCGAAUUAGGAUGUCAAGGAGGAGAAUGAUGAGGAGGAUCCGUUGAAGAUGAAUGUUUAUCUGUUGGUGAUAGUCUUUGGCUAUGUAUUCUUUUGCUUACAUUUUUUUGUUUUUUCUUGUUUUUAUUUUGUGUGUGCGAACUGUUGUACUUUAAAGCUGCAUCAAUAAAUUGCACUUCAACUU